UUGUUGUGUGGACUAUGUGACAGCUGAUCAUGUGGGAUGUGAUGCAAUGGUCCAUUAUGGUGAUGCAUGCCUUUCAUUGUCAGAUGGAAUCCCUGUGUUCUAUGCAUUUCAAGAUGCUGAAUUUGAUGAAGAGGAAGCCAUUGCUGCCAUUAUGCCACUUCUUGUCUCUCCCUCUAUUCUCAUCUAUCACACAUCCUUGGCUCAUGUAGCCGACGGCAAGGGAUGUAGAACAGCUGACGUCGCUGGUGACGUCUACAGCAGUUUUAAAAUGCGUGAGGAAGAUGUCCAAGACGUGGAGGGGCUCUUCCAGCCGUUUUCCCAGGAACGUGAUCGCAACGCAAGAUCCACCAAUCAGGAACGACUUCAUAGUCGCGUGAUUCGGAGGUUGAUAGAUAGACUGCAGAAGGAGACUGGUGUUGUAAUCCUACACUCCCCACUUGUGGAUAGGAUUGGUAAUGAGAGUAAUGGACAAGUCCUGUAUGGCCGUAGAAUCCCAGUGCCUGGACCCUUGUCAGCUAUCCCGCAUUCCUUCCUGUAUCUUGGUGCUGAAGAUGAUGUUGUGCUGAGGAAUUUCCUUCUGACUUUUCCUCAUAAGGACUUCCUGGUGUACAAUCCAAAGGUGAAGAAAGCUAAGUGUGUCUCUAUCUCUGAUGACAAGGUUCUCAAGAGGAGACACUACCUUAUUGAAAAAGCAAGAGAUGCCAAAGUCAUUGGAUUUGUCAUCAACUCUCUUAAUAUAGCUUGGAUUCCAGAUAUAUUGAAACACCUGAGAAACCUUGUGAAACUGGCUGGAAAGAAAUCAUAUGUCAUAUCCAUUGGAAAGAUGAAUGAGGCCAAGGUGUUAAACUUUCCUGAGGUUGAUGUGUUUGUAGCGAUUGCUUGCAUGCAGAGCUCCUUGAUAGAUUCCAGGGAUUUCAUGCAUCCAGUCAUCACUCCUCAUGAAUUGGAGAUCGCCAUGAAUCCAGAUUAUUAUCUGGAUCAUCUUAUCCUGGACUUCAACCAAGUCCUACCAGGAAGGGAUGAGAGCAUUCCUGUUCCUCAUGGGUCAUUUUCUGGAGACGUUUCACUUGUUGACAACCGAAUCCGGAGAGUUGGAGAGGGCCCAAUGAUGGAAGUUUGGGAUGUA